AUGAACAGGCUUUCCAAAAGUUCCCAUCACAAUAAGAAAGGAGAUUCCAAAAUUCAUAGCAAAGUAGUUUUGAGAAAAGCAUCGCUUUUGGAUGUUAAAGAUUUUAGUGCCAGUGCUGCAGACAGGUUAGCCGAGUUUCUGAAUAAAAAGGUGUUUUUUCAUCUGAUCAGUUGUGAUCAAACAGAUAAUGAAACUGGUAAAGGUAAAGUUAGCCCUAAUAAGGCUGUCUUGGACUGGAAUUGGCCAUCUUUGGGAACAACUGUUACAGAUACAGAGCACGAAAUCACUUUCGAUUGGCCCACUGAGUAUGGCGCUCCUGGAGCUAUACUUGUGAUAAACAAGCAUGCUCGAGAGUUUUAUCUCAAACAUGUUUGCAUCCACGUUCCUGGCCAAGGAGAUGUUAAUUUUCUGUGUAAUUCUUGGGUUUAUCCUACAUGGAUGGCUAAAGUUUGUUCAAAGCUAUCUCCUGCGGAAACACCAGUAGGGCUUGUGCGUUGGAGGGAGGAAGAGGUGGUGAAAGCGAGGGGAAAUGGUACGGGAAAGAGGGAACCGUGGGAUCGUGUUUAUGAUUAUGAAUUUUACAAUGAUCUGGGUGACCCUGAGAAGGGGAAGGAACUUGAGAGGCCAGUCCUCGAAGGAUCCCCAGACUUCCCAUAUCCGCGGAGAUAUAGAACUGGCCAUAAUCGCACAAGAAUAAAUCACGCUUUUGAGGCUCGAAAGCAGGAGUGUAGUUUUGCAGCAGUUAUAUCGUCAGGCUUCUAUAUUCCGGCAGAUGAGAAGUUCCCUCAAGCUAGUCUUUCUGACUUUCCAGCCCACUUCUUCAGAGCUUUCUCUAAGAAGUUCGUUUCUGAUCUUGUCAGAAGUCUAAAUGUACUCCAGAAAGACUUUUGCAAAUUGAAUGAGUUAGACUCUUCUGAUGGUGUUAUGCAUAUGAUGUGCGAUUCAGGGGAUGAUGAUGCGUGGAGGAUAGACGAAGAGUUUGCUCGUCAAACGCUUGCAGGGAUUAAUCCCAUGGUUAUUAAAUGUUUGGAAGUAAGUACGUCACAAACUGAUUCUAUAAACUAG